AUGAUGGGAGUUUUACUGCGUUCGACGGGUUUUUUCUAAAACGAGAGUGCAAACGCCAUUGCGGUGGGGAUGACACUACACGAAACAGUCGAGUAGAGAGAGAGAAUAAAGUACUCGUGAUCUGUUAGUCGUGUCUUUAUCACACGUCCCCAUUUUUGAAAGUUUUGAUUAUUGACACACUGAAAAUGGCAGACGUGGAAAUUGAGGUUGGAGGUGACAUGCAAAUACCUCAACAACAAAAGGAAAAAUCUAGCACUGGGCUUGAAUUUCUGCAAAUACCACAAUUUCCACUCACUAACAUAGGAUAUCCCCAAGCUCACGAAUGGAUCAAACACAGAAAAGCUAAUAUCAGGCCAUGGUCUUUAUUUCUCAAUACAAGCAACAUAAGACCUCCUCCCAGUUUACCAAGAUUGAGUAAAAGAAUUGUAAGAAAUAUUGAGUAUUUCCAGAGCAAUUAUUUGUUCCUGUUUGUUGGAUUAGUUAUAUAUUGCUUGAUUACAUCACCAUUGUUAUUGUUUGCUGUUGCUGCAUCACUUGGAGCUUGUUACAAGGUUUCACAACGUCAUGCUAAACAAGAACUUACGAUAUUGAAUUAUAAAUUAACUCUAGCUCAAGUUUAUUCUUUGGUAGGAAUCUGUUCACUGCCAAUUUUUUAUUUAGUUGGUGCCGGCGCAGCUCUUUUCUGGGUUCUUGGUGUAUCUUGGUUUCUAAUAACUUUACAUGCAGCAUUCUACAAUAUUGAUUCAAUAUUAUGUCCAGGAGAAGACGAACUUAAUUCUUUAGUCAUGCAAGAAGUAUGAUCUUUAUUAUAAUGGAUAUAUAUAAUAAAAUCAAAUUUUAUGUAGUAUGUAGAUAAUAUAAAGUAUACAUUUAUAUAAAUUCAUGUACUAUUAAAAGAUAUAUGUAAGAUAUAAUUAGUUUUGUAACAUAAUAUGUCAAUCUUAAUUUUAAUGAUUAAC